GCAGAACGGUAGGUCUCCCCAGCCUAAACGGCACUAUCUAUGGAUAGUUCGUCAAGUGCGCUUCUCCAGAGAGCUGUUGGUGUCCAGUUUCCCUGAAUCUCUCUCUCUGUCUCUCUCUCCCUGGCUGGCUCUCUCAGUGUUCUCGCGACCCACCGGGAGUUUGGAAACGACACAAUCACCACCCAACACGCGUUCGACCGGGGCCAGGCUGUGCGAGUCACGGAUCGCUCCCGAGCCGCCCCGCGCGCUCGCCCUCGCGCUUGCCCCUAUGGAGGGGGACGUGAUGGACAAGCUGGAGGACAUGGCCUCGGUGUACGAGUUCGACCCGAUCACCGGGAACAUCCCCGCCACUAAAGUAGAGAUCACCGUCUCCUGCAGGAAUCUUCUAGAUAAAGACACAUUCUCCAAAUCUGACCCAUUGUGUGUGCUCUAUACCCAAGGAGUGGAGACCAAGCAGUGGAGAGAGUUUGGUAGAACAGAGGUGAUUGACAACACUCUAAACCCAGACUUUGUCAGGAAGUACAUCCUGGACUAUUUCUUUGAGGAGAAGCAGAAUCUACGCUUUGAUUUGUAUGACGUGGACUCUAAAAGCCCAGACCUCUCCAAACACGACUUCUUGGGUCAGGUGUUCUGUACUCUGGGGGAGAUUGUGGGGUCACCUGCCAGUCGACUGGAGAAACCACUGGGGUGA